UUUCGUAAAAGAAGAAGCAGGAAAAUGACUCUCAUUUCAAAUUUACGCCGGAACUCAAAUGAAUCAUUCCCAGAUUUUGUAAUUAUUUAUGACACAACAGACCCUGACAACCCUGAUGAACAAGAAAAAGUAGAAACAGAGUUGGAGGUAGCCUUUGAAAGACAGGUGGCACACAUAAUAAUUGAACCAUUCACACUUGGAAAAGACACUGCAAGAUGGAUUAAAAUGGGAAAUUUUCUUCACAAAUCAAGUGUUGUUAGUGGUGUCAUUUCUUUGAUCACAGGGUAUUGUAACAAAGAUAUGAUUUCAUAUACCUUGGCUGGAGUCAGCUUUCUGACAGCAGGAAUCUAUGCAUUGUCUUGGGCCAGUGAUCCUUGUUGUAAAUAUCAGAUUGAGAAAAACAAGAGGAGAAUUCAAGACCUACCAUUACAUGAAUUAUCGUCAACAUCAGUAGUGGUACUUGUUAGAAGGGAUGAUGCUCGAAGAAAAUACCUACAGAACAUUGUGUCCCUCUCAGCUGUAUUUCUCAGUGCGUACAAAGUUUAUAAAAUGUACUAUUUAUGACAACAACACAUGUCUUGUUUUAUGAUCAUUAUAAUAUUUCAGAAUUAAAAUGUUACAUGUAUAAAAAUUUGAA